CUUCGUCCUUGUGGAUAGCCAUUUAGCUUGGUCCAAACAAAAGGAACAAGUUACUCUGUCUUCCUUGCCUCUAUAAUUUCCUCUCCCAGAAUUGGGUUCUUCAAGCUACACCUUCAGUUACAGCUACAAUGAUCUUUAGAGCAUUAUUUCUGUUGCUAGUUCUGGUGGCUACAACAUCAAUUGCUAUAGUGGAGAAGCAAACUUACAUAAUUCACAUGGACAAGACAAAGAUGGUGACCUCAAACCUCAAAGAAUGGUAUGAAGGCUUGAUGGAUUCUGUCUAUAACUUGUCAAUUGAUGAGGAGGAAGAAGAACACACAGCACCACCUGAUCUCCUUUACAUCUAUGAAAAUACCAUAUCUGGUUUUGCAGCAAAGCUUUCCAUCAAACAAUUAGAAUCCUUGAAAAGAAUGGAUGGCUUUCUCUUCGCCAGAGCCGACAAAAUUGUAAGCGCCCACACAACUCACACUCCUCAAUUCCUUGGCUUGCAAUUCAACAAGGGAUUGUGGCGCGCGUCCAACUUGGCUUCUGACAUAGUGAUUGGAGUGAUUGAUGGUGGAAUAUGGCCUGAACACCCAAGCUUCCAAGACUCAGGCAUGUCCGCAAUUCCCUCCAGAUGGAAAGGCAUUUGUGAGAAUGGCACAAUGUUUUCACCAUCAAAUUGCAACAAGAAGCUAAUUGGUGCAAGAACUUUCUAUAAAGGGUAUGAAGCAACUUAUGGAAAAGUGAAUGAAACAAUUGAGUUCUUGUCCCCUCGGGACGCAUUCGGACAUGGGACACACACAGCAUCUACAGCAGCAGGCAGUGUUGUAAACAACGCAAGUUUAUUUGGCUUGGCGAGCGGCUCAGCAAGGGGUGUUAGGUACACAUCCAGAAUUUCUGUUUAUAAAGUGAUAUGGCCAUACGAUGGAACUAUCUCUGAUGUAAUGGCUGCUAUAGAUCAAGCUGUUGCUGAUGGUGUUGAUGUACUCUCCCUCUCUGUGGGAGUUGGACCGACACCUUAUUAUCUGGAUGAUCUUGCUAUAGCUGCAUUUGGGGCCAUCCAAAGAGGAGUUUCUGUUGUAUGCUCUGGAGGCAAUUCUGGCCCAUCUUUUUACACCGUUACUAAUAGUGCACCAUGGAUCAUGACAAUUGCUGCUAGCUAUCCUGAUAGGAGUUUCCCAACAACUAUCAAGCUUGGGAAUGGGCUCACUUAUGAAGGUUCAUCUUUGUACACAGGCAACGCAACUGGCCAAUUGCCUCUUGUGUACGGAAAGACUGCAGGUGGCAAUGAUGCUGAGUACUGCAUUCCUGGCUCACUCAACAAAAGACUUGUUAAAGGAAAGAUUGUUUUGUGCCAAUCAGGUAUAAUCGACAGAACUUUAAAAGGAGAGCAAGUAAAACUAGCAGGUGGUGCUGGAAUGCUCCUAAUCGAUGAACUCCUUGCUGAUGCACAUGUUUUGCCAGCAACUGCUACUGGUCUCUUGGCAAGCAAUGCAAUCAUUGAAUAUGCAAAUUCAUCUAAGGAACCGACGGCGUCCAUUGUCUUCCACGGGACAGUGUAUGGAACCCGUGCACCAAUCAUGGCUGCAUUGUCAUCAAGAGGCCCUAAUUCUGUAGGAAUUGAUGUGAUCAAGCCAGAUGUGACUGCACCGGGGAUGAACAUCUUGGCUGCCUGGGUUCCCAUAGUAAGCCCAACUCUACUAACAAGUGAUAAGAGAAGAGUUAUGUACAAUAUCAUUUCAGGUACCUCAAUGUCAUGCCCCCAUGUUAGCGGCUUAGUGGCACUGAUCAAGUCACUCCAUAAAGAUUGGUCCCCUGCGACAAUUAAAUCAGCCAUCAUGACAACUGCUUACACUAUGGACAACAAAAAGGCACUGAUUACUGACAUUGCUUCUGGUAACUCUGCCACCCCAUUCCACUUUGGUUCAGGCCAUAUUAAUCCUGAAGCUGCUGCUGAUCCGGGGCUUGUUUAUGAUAUUACUCCUGAGGAUUAUCUAAACUAUCUAUGUAGUUUAAACUAUAACUCUUCACAAUUUGCUGCAGUAUCCAGAAGCCAUUAUACAUGCCCAAGAAACUCAACUCUUCAGCCUGGUGACCUGAAUUACCCUUCUUUUGCUGUGAAUUUUUUUGGGGAAGCAAAAAAUAUUAGUGUGACAUACAUGAGGACUGCGACGAAUGUUGGGACUCCAAAGAGUAAGUAUUUGGUGCACCUGGAGAAACCCAGUGGUGUAGAUGUGAUUGUACAACCAAAGAUGUUAAAGUUUAAGAAACUCGGUCAGAAACUGAGCUACAAAGUGACUUUUAUUGGAUACAAAAGAACUUCUGUGAUGGACGGUCUUAAUGCGACCUUCGGAUCUGUAGUCUGGGUAUACGGAAAAUACGCGGUUAGAAGCCCCAUUGCAGUGACUUGGUUGUAGUUUCAACGUUAAAUGCAGAGCAGUGCAUUGCUUAGUAUAUCAUGCAUACUACUCACCGGUAAAAGGAAGAUCCACAAGGGAAAAUGGUUCAAUUGUUGAAACAAAAAUGUGUAGAACUACAUACUAAGUAAUUGUACUCUGACGAAAGAAACAAUAAACUAAUGAAGUUGUCUGA